CACUGCCAAACUGUCCCGCCCGCUCGCAUCGAAGACUAACAUGGCUGCCAGCACUCAAACGAAAGGAUUCCCGGACAAUCACCACUUCAUCCCCCCGAAGCCCUCUCAAAGUCGUUCCCCAUGUCCCGCUCUGAACGCAAUGGCGAAUCAUGGGUAUAUCUCGCGAGAAGGAACGCAAGUCACAUUCUUCAAGUUGAUCAUUGCUCUAGUGAAAGUGUACAAUAUCUCUGUUCCGCUUGCCUUCCUGCUUGCCUUUGUGGGUUUCUUGACUUGUGGUCGGCUCUCGUUUUAUUCUCCAGCGGACGAUAGUCAAGAUCUUCCCAUUCAUCACUCUGGACCCUCAACAUCCGCAAGUAAACUUCUGUUCCAGGAUUUUGCCAAGCUCCGGCGUCUGCGUAGCUUUCCCCCGCGUCUCCGAUGGACCCUGGACCUGGCGUCCCUCUCUCAGCGCGGUGCAACAAAGAUCACGCACGAUGCUUCCCUAGUUCACCCAAAUACUCUCCCGUCAACCUCCCCCGACCCCGGGCUUGUCUCUAGUUUCCUUGGCUAUGCAGUCGACCACGUUCAUCCCAAGCGUCAACUCGGGCUUACACUAGUGGACAUCGCACACUUGCACGCGUCUCGAGAGGCGUCUUCUCCGAGUCCUCUCAGCUCCUUUCACGAGCAGAUCGCGUUGGGGGAGUGUGGCCUAGCUUGGUUGGUUCUUCGUCCUCAUUGUCUCAAUCGCAAGGCAAGCGAGCAAGAGGACGUUAUUCCGUUGUGCGUUCUUGAGCAAUGGUUUGGUGAGGAGCGGCUUCCUGAAGGGUGGUGGGAUGUCGGAGGUUCUCGGCCGAUAAAACAAUUUGGUUUGCUUGAGGCGAGGAGGAGGGCAGAAGAUGUAGGGAAAUUUAUUCAUGAUGCUUCUCAGUGGUAUUUCUGUAACUUGGGACGCCCGUCCUUUUUUUCUUGCUCUGAGCCUGUGCCCGCGCCACGCUCAAUUUUCCUGCUCCAACUUCGAGGCAGCUUCCUUCGUGUAUCUCGGAUUUUCAAAUUGGCGUCUUACAUUACCUUCUUAAUUCGCGCCCUCCCACUCCACCCUCGUUAG